AUGAAAAACCAAACAGCAGUGUUUAUGUUGGUUCUUACUGGACUGUCUGAUCUUCCAAGUCUUCAAUUUCCUCUGUUCCUGGUGUUUCUCCUGAUCUACCUUAUGACUCUCACUGGGAACCUUAUUAUCUUUCUCCUGAUUAUUAUUGAUCCCCACCUUCAUACCCCCAUGUACUUCUUUCUUGGAACCCUGGCAUGUGUGGAUAUGAGUUACUCUUCAGUCACUGUCCCAAGAAUGCUCUUUGAUUUAUUCACACAUAAAAGAGUAAUUUCAGUGGCAGUUUGUAGAACUCAGAUCUAUUUCUUCGUCUUUUUCUGUACAUCAGAAGUGUCUCUGCUGGCAGUGAUGUCCUGUGACAGAUACAUUGCCAUCUGCCGUCCUCUUCACUACAUGCAGAUAAUGAACUGGAAAGUUUGUGUUUGGCUUCUAUCAUUAAUUAGUGUUUUAAGUGCAGUGCAUUCCUUUUUGCACACUGUUUUUUUAAGUAAAAUUACAUUUUGCAGGUCAAAUACUUUGCAAAGUUUCUUUUGUGAUCUGCCCCAGUUUCUUCAGAUCUCCUGUAGUGACACAUUCAUCAAUGUAUUGCUUAUAUUUCUCACUGGAUUACUGUUUGGAAUAGGCCCUUUAGGAGUCACCUUUUACCCAUACUUCCCAAUUAUCUCCACUGUACUAAAAAUCCCAUCAAAUCAGCACGAUGUGCAAAAACUGAGAGAAAGAAUGGGAGAGGUGGAGAGGAGGGUCAGUGAUAUGGAAGACCACAUAGCACCACUUCCAAAUUGCAUCAUAGCCACAGAAAAACAACUGGCAGUGCUGGAAAAAAAGGCAAAUGACCUAGAAAAAAGUCGAAACAAUAUCAGGAUACUGGGUCUCCCCGAAAGGGCGGAAGGGGCAGAUACAGAAAAAUGUGUGGAACAAUGGUUAACUAGCAGGUUCAGCCAAACCACCUUCUCCACAGCUUUCAUGGUUGGAAAGAGCCCACAGAGUGCUGGGCAGACCCCGCCACUGGGUGCACCCCCACACCCAUUAAUAGCCCAGCUCCUGAAUUAG